CAUAUUUCGAACACGACCAUCAGCUUUAUUAUUAUUUUGACGUGACAAGCACAGAUUUUAUUUUAAUUUAGUAGUAAAUAGAUAUAUAUUUUAUUAAUUUAAAAAAAGUUCAAAUAAAAAACCAUGGGAUUAUUUUUUUCUAAAAAGAAACCAGUGAGUCGUGUCACUGAACAAGACAAAGCUGUCCUGCAACUGAAACAGGCGAGAGAUAAAAUAAAACAUUAUCAGAAAAGAAUUGAACAGAAUAUUGAAAAAGAUCGUGAGCUCGCUAAAAAAUUAAUUCAAAGUGGACGUAAAGAACGAGCGCUAUCACUUCUGCGUAAGAAAAAAUUCCAAGAACAAGUUUUGUCAAACACUGACAGCCAGUUAGAGAAUUUAGAGCGAAUGGUCCAUGAUCUUGAGUUCGCUCAAGUUGAAGCCAAGGUUCUCGAUGGGCUUAAAAUCGGUAACACAGCAUUGAAAAAGCUGCAUGAGAUCCUUUCGAUUGACGAAAUUGAAAAAGUUAUGGACGAGACACGUGACGGUGUAGAAAAACAACGUGAGCUGGAUGACUUACUCAUGGGACAACUUACUGAUGAGGAUGAAGGUCAAGUCGAAGCUGAACUUGACGCUCUUAUUGCUGACGAAGUCAAAGAAUCGGUACCGGAAGUUCCUCAGGAUGUUUCGUUGCCAGAUGUGCCGGAGGAUCAACUUGAAAAACCAAAAGAACGGAAAAAAGACCGCGAGCCUGUCGCUUUAGAAGCGUAAGUAAUUUAAAUAUAAUUAAACAUCAAGGAGCAGCAAUUAAUAAUUAACGUCUUUUUGCAACAUGUGUAAAUAAUGUACAGUUAUAUAUACAUAUAUAUAUA